CAGAUCUCAACUCUACAUUACAACCGACAUCUGGGAAGAAAUGCCUCGUUCAUGACAAUGGAUCUCUGAACACCUCAAUCUGUGGCAAAAGAGUACUGCUUGUCUUUCCUACUUUCGAUCUCACAAUUCUUGUUCUGUCACUUGUCUCGAAGCUCACUUUCAUUGACUUCCAUUCCUCUCCCACCCCAUGUUUGUUUUUGCUGCAAGAUGCCUUUGGAGCAGUAUCUGCAGGAUCUCUGCCUGCUGUCAGAUGACUGUUUGCUACCCAUAUUUGACGAUGAAAGCGCACUGAUCCAAAACAGCUACAGCUCCAGAUGGACGAGAGAUACAACUCCAGUCGGCACUGAUUGGAUCACUCCAGACACGCUCCAUCAGAUGAUGCUCUUGGACCACAACCACACUGAAGCACUCUGCAAGACCACCUAUACUCAUACCGCUCCCCUAUUAGAUCUGUCCUCGGAUUCUGACCACAAGUACGAUCACCUGCAGCCUUCAAUUCAAUUGGAAGUCCAGCUUCAACCAGCAAGGGACCACCAAUCUGCAAAAGCUUCCUCCAUACAGACCGCCUCUAAUUCACCACUAAUCAUUGACAGUCACAGUCUCCAGGCAGAACUGAUUUCUCAUGCUUCACCUGCACCUUCACCUCCGCUCAAGUCUUCACUUCUGUCCUCGGCUACGCCUCUACCUCUGACCAUUGAAAACUUAACUCGCAACCAACACACAUUUUCCCUCUCACCAUCCUCAGAAAAUACCAGGCUGCUGACUACAAGUAUGGAUCCAGCCAUUGCUACGGCAUUGCCUCAAAGAACUGGGGACGAUGUCAUUACUGAUUUACAGCGUGCGCGCCGUCCUGCUAACAUCGCUCGAGUCCAGAACUGGCAGGGGAGCUCAUCUACCAUUUUUCCCGAGGAGACCCUACCCGACCCUUCCAAACCUCUGCCUUUAGUCGAGACAAAGGUAUCGUCGGCACCUCAGAUCGAGGAGCGUGAUGGCUACGCCACGCAAUCCGAUGAUGACAACGAAGUUCAAGCAGCUGCCCAGGCACGGGCUAUCACAGAGCGCAAACGGAGACAAAAUUCCAUAGCUAACAAUUAUCUUCAAGAAAAACUCAGAAACCCCACAAACAAGCAAGACCACCAGGUAAAGCCCGGCGAAGAGGCCGUUCAAUCUACUCGGUGGAUCGUUGAUCACACUGAAAGCGCGCCAAUUAUCAGUACUCCCCGUGAGUAUCAAAAUGAGCUUUAUGAAAGAGCCAAGGAAAAGAACAUAAUUGCAGUUCUGGACACAGGUUUGGGAUGAAUUUUACAAUUGGUUACGACUUACUAAUUCACUUAGGUUCUGGAAAGACCUUGAUUGCUGUUCUACUUCUACGGCACAUUCUUGCACAAGAGCUAGAAGACAGAGCUGACGGGAAGGUUAAACGCACUUCGUUCUUUCUCGUGAGUACUACUACUUAUCUCAUCAAUACCAGUUGAAUUUAAAGCUGACAUAUUCAGGUCGAUUCUGUUACCCUCGUCUUCCAGCAACACCGUGUUCUCAAGAACAACCUGAACGGUAUGCCAAUGGACAUGUUUUGCGGAAAUAUGGGGACGAAACUAUGGGAUCGAGAGAAGUGGACUAAGAUUCUCAACGACAACAUGGUUAUUGUUUGUACCGCAGAAGUCCUUCGACAUUGUCUCGGUCAUGGCUUCGUUUCAAUGAAUGGAAUCAACUUGCUAGUUUUUGAUGAGGCUCAUCAUGCCAAGAAAGAUCAUCCUUACGUGAGUAACGGUCGCUCUAAUCUCUUCUUAUUUUCGUAUCUCCAGACAUGUUUCCUUUAUCCGUUUCUCCCCAGCUCCACCUUAAUCACCUUGUCAUGGACCUGAUCCUGAACCGUUAUAGGCAAGAAUAAUCAUGGACCAUUAUGCAGUGAUGCCUCAAAAUGCAAGACGUCCAAAGAUUUUUGGCAUGACUGCCUCUCCAGUAGAUGCUAAGGUUUCUCCAAGAAAGGCUGCUGAGGAACUGGAGGUUCUUUUACAUUGUGAGAUCGCCACCGCUCAUGAUACCAGUUUACUUCAAUACACAGCGAAUAAAACGGAGGAGUGCCUAUGCAGAUACGAAUCUCUCCCUGCUACAUUCUGUACUCCAUUGUACACUCAGAUGUCUGCAUGUCUGACAAACGAUUCUGUUCUCCGCAAGCCCCUCUUAUUCGCUCAUGAAGCAUCUCGGCAUCUUGGAGCUUGGUGCUCAGAUCAAUUAUGGCGAUUUUGUUUGGAGGAAGAAGAAGUGAAGAAGCUUGUGGCAAAGACCGAGAGCAAGCAUCGAAAUGAAAAUUCUGACCGCCGGGAUGACUUGUUGGAACAGAAAAAGACGAAAUUGUCCGAGGCGCAGGCCAUUCUAAAAGCACAUGCUUUCGACUCCCCAGACUAUCGCAAUGACUCAAAUGAAUCCAAGAACCUUUCAUCCAAGGUCGUCGAGUUGAUCAAGAUUCUGAGGGAGGAAUACAAAACCCCAACGGAGUCCAAAUGCAUUGUUUUCGUUCAGCAGCGAUAUACUGCUCUUCUUCUUGCCAGGUUAUUUCAGGAGUCUGGUGUCAAAACUGACCACUUGAGAGUCGGCACUUUGGUAAGUCAGGAAGCACAUUCCAGAUAUCAGUGAUUAACGAACCGCUCAGGUCGGAGCACGCUCUGGUGAAGCCGGCGACCAGAAUAACUCUUUUCGACAACAAGUUCUCACAAUGAUGAACUUCCGACGCGGUAAGGUCAAUUGCCUCUUUGCGACAUCUGUCGCAGAGGAGGGCCUCGAUAUUCCGGACUGCAACCUCAUAGUGCGAUUUGACCUCUACUCUACUGUUAUCCAAUACAUACAGUCCCGAGGUCGUGCCAGGCAUGCUAAUUCGCGGUACAUUCACAUGGCCGAGCAAGGUAACCGAGAACAUGAACAGACAAUCCGUGACGUUCGAUUAAACGAGGGUAUCUUGAGGAGGUUUUGCAACGAAGUGCCAGAAGAUAGGCAACUUACAGGGAAUAAUGUUGAUAUGGACUACUUCCUCAGAAAGGAAAAGUCACAGAGAAUCUACAUGGUCCCCACAACUGGGGCAAAGCUCACUUACAAAAUGAGUCUGGGGGUCCUUGCAAAUUUCGUUUCUAACCUGGAAGCUGCUCCAGAUACGAACCUACACCCAGAAUACAUCGUAACAGUCCAGAAUAAGCGUUUUAUUGGCGAGGUUAUUCUUCCUGAAGGCUCUCCAGUUCGUGGUGCUGUAGGGCGCCCAGCAUCCACUAAGCAGGUUGCAAAAUGCUCUGCUGCAUUUGAAGCAUGCUGCCUUCUCAUUCAAAAGAAGUAUCUAGAUGACCAUCUCCUUCCGACUUACGCAAAAAGGCUUCCUGCGAUGCGCAAUGCCUUACUUGCUGUUGACUCGAAGAAGCGCGAUACAUAUGAUAUGAAGACGAAGCCUUCCUUAUGGUCUGCUGGGGGGGUUCCUCAAGAGCUUUUCAUGACAAUACUGAGUUUGAAGAGUCCACAGGAGCUAGAUCGUGCUUCCCAGUCCCUGGCUUUGCUUACGAGAUCGCGAAUUCCUAGCUUACCAUCGUUCACACUUCAUUUUGGAGACGGAAAGCACUCUGGGGUUAAUUGCGUUUCGUCUCCUACAAGUCUGCAAGUUUCCACGGACAUGCUACGCCAGAUAAACACCUUUACUUUGGCGAUCUUUGACGACGUUUUCAGCAAAACGUAUGAGUCGGACCCAUCGAAGAUGCCAUACUUUCUCGCGCCUCUCAAAGAAUCUGCAGAUGCCAAUCACCACACGGACCCAGCCGCUUCAGUAGAUUGGGAGAUGUUGACAGAAAUUGAUGAACAUCAGCAAGCAUGGCAAGGCAAGAAUUGGGAGCUCAAAUCAUGGCAAACAGAGCCUGACGAGUUCUUUGCUGGCAAGUAUAUUGUCGACCCUUAUGAUGGUUCUCGAAAGUUGUGGUGUAAAGGUGUGGCCCCUCAGUACAGACCUUUGGACCCCGUUCCGCCAAAUUGUGCUGCACGCAAAGGCACACGACAAAGGACCGAUAACAUUAUGGAAUACAGCUCGAGUCUUUGUAAGUAAUUCCACCUAGCUUGAGAUCCAUGUUAACAGUUUUAUAGGGGAGAAGGCUAGAGCUCGUAGGACUUUUGAUGAAAACCAACGCGUUUUCGAGGCCGAACUGAUUCCGCUUCGACGGAACCUCUUGGACGAAUUCGACAGAAACGUAUCUGAAGGCCCCAAGAGAUGUUUCGUCAUUUUGGAAAUUCUCAAGAUCUCUGCUGUAAGUGGUUGGCCUAUUUCCGCCAGUGAAUAAUACAACGUAUUUUCUUUACUGAUUUUUGCUAGCUCCCCUCGACGGUUGUAUCCAUGGCAUAUAUAUUCCCUGCCAUCAUCCAUCGUAUCGAAGCAUACCUCAUCGCCUUCGAGGCAUGUGAAUUAUUGCAUCUUGAUAUCCGAGCAGAUCUUGCCUUGGAAGCUGUUACGAAAGACUCAGAUAAUUCGGGCGAUCAUGGAGAGGAAAAAAUAGAUUUCCAACGAGGAAUGGGAAACAACUAUGAGCGUCUGGAGUUUUUGGGGGAUUGUUUUCUUAAAAUGGCAACCUCGAUAACUUUGUAUGGCACGAAACCCGACAGUGACGAAUAUAGCUACCACGUAGAUCGUAUGGUCAUGAUCUGCAACAAGAACCUCAAAAACGUCGCAAUCAAACUCAAGCUUUAUGAGUAUAUCCGUUCUCAGGCGUUCAACAGAAGAGCCUGGUACCCCGAGGGCCUCACACUUAAGAAGGGCAAGACUGCUACCGCUCCAAACCAGCACAAACUUGGCGACAAAACCAUCGCAGAUGUUUCUGAAGCAUUGAUUGGCGCGGCUUUACUUACGCACCACAGUGAGAACAAUAUGGACUAUGCAGUAAGAGCUGUCACGGAGCUGGUGUGUAGCGAGAAUCACAACGUCACUUCAUGGGCAGACUACUACAAUCUCUACAAGAAGCCCACGUUUCAGACGCAACGAUCCACGCAGAUGCAACUUGAAAUAGCCAAGAAGGUUGAAAUGGUGCACUCUUACCAUUUCCAGUCGCCACGUCUUCUACGUUCUGCUUUCAUCCACCCGUCAUACCCAUACUCAUACGAACGUAUUCCGAGUUACCAACGCCUUGAGUUCUUGGGCGAUUCACUUCUGGACAUGGUUUGUGUCAAUUACCUUUUCCAUGCAUAUCCAGGCAAGGAUCCACAAUGGCUCACCGAACAUAAAAUGGCCAUGGUCUCGAAUGCGUUCCUAGGCUGUCUUUGUGUUGAGUUGGGCUUCAAUGCUUUCUUACUGAUAUUCAACCAGAUCUACCAAAAGCAGAUUGGCGAAUAUGUUGAUGAAAUCAAGGAAGCAAAAUUGCAAGCACAGGAUGAGGCUGAACGCGCUGGAAAAUCUCGCGAGGAUUACGCCCCGGAUUACUGGACUGCAGUCAGGCCUCCGCCCAAAUGCCUUCCAGAUAUCGUCGAAGCGUACAUUGGAGCGAUAUUCGUUGACUCUGAGUAUGACUAUUCCCGCGUAGAGGAUUUCUUCCAAGCUCAUAUCAAAUGGUACUUCAAAGACAUGAGCAUUUACGAUACUUAUGCCAACAAACAACCCACGACCUUCCUCUCCAAUUUCUUUGCAGUCAGCAUGUGCUGUGAGAAUUGGACAAUUCAGUCCAGAGAGAUUCCGAGCAUUGAUGGAAGCAAAGCAAAGGUUUUGGCUAUGAUAAUCGUCCAUGAUCAGGUAGUCGCCGACUGGACUGCUGAAAGUGGACGGUAUGCCAAAGUAUCAGCCGCGAAGAAAGCCUUGGAACUUCUCAAAGGUUUGUCACCCCGACGAUUCAGACAGAAGUACGGAUGCACUUGUGCAAUGCCCGAGGAGGAAGAUGGUGUUGUUAAUGCAGACGCCGACCCAACGGCAAUAUGA